UUUUUUUUUUUCUUAAAAAAAUACAUAUUGUAUCUUAUUCUUUUCUCAUUCCCAGCCUUUUUUGUAUAUCUCAACCUAUCUUUUGCAAUAUCCCAAAAGAAACAAUCUUUGUUAUACAUAUAUCUCAACAUAUAACUCUGUUCUCUCCCAACUCUUGAUUUUUUAAUAACUAACUGUUGAGCAUGUUACCUGCUGGUCAAAAAAGACAAAAUGAGACUGUGGAUCACGACGAUUCUGAAGAUGAAGACUCUGAAAAUAAACCGUUAAAGCGUAACGGAAGAAGAAAGAUUAAAAUUGAGUAUAUUGAAGACAAGAAUAGAAGACAUAUUACGUUUUCAAAGCGUAAAGCUGGUAUUAUGAAGAAGGCUUAUGAGUUGUCUACGUUAACUGGUACGCAAGUCCUAUUGCUUGUUGUCUCUGAAACCGGUUUGGUUUAUACUUUUACUACAACGAAAUUACAACCUAUUGUCACUAAACCUGAAGGUAAAAAUUUGAUUCAGGCUUGCUUAAAUACGCCUGAUCCACAACCAGCACAACCGAUCGAAUCUCAAGAUCAUACACAGCAAGAGGUGAGAAAUGCAAUAACAAACGCGUCCCUUCUUUAGAUUCGUUGCAUUAAUUGUCAAUUCUUUUACCUAUUUAUUAGCUGAGUGGGUCGGACAAUCAAUUGGAAGAUGAUCACCCUACUUCUAAUACUGCGAAUGACAUUCAUAACAAUACAGCUGAUGUUAGCAAUUCAGCAACAAAUACAAAUACCUUGACAAACCCUACUAUGCCUACCGUACAGCAACAGCAACAGCAGCAGC